AUGAUCGGAGGUUCAUUGUUCUCUGUUUCAGACCUGGUGCGGUGCACGAACGAGCCGAACGUGUCGAUACCUCAGCUGGCGAAUCUUUUGAUAGAACGAUCGCAGAACACGAACUGGACGGUCGUUUUCAAAGCUCUGAUCACGGUGCACCAUAUGCUUUGUUACGGCAAUGAGGCUACGACAUGUCACCAUUCAUCAGGAGAUAUGCAAAGUAUCUGAACGAGAAGGCACUCUCCUACAGGACCGUGGCGUUUGACUUUUGCAAGGUGAAAAGGGGGAAGGAUGACCGUACACUGCGAACAAUGAACGCGGAGAAACUGCUGAAAACAUUGCCAGUUCUACAGUCGCAGUUGGACGCGCUGUUGGAGUUUGAUUGCACCGCCAACGACCUGACCAACGGCGUCAUAAACAUGGCUUUCAUGCUGCUCUUUCGAGAUUUGAUUAGACUGUUCGCCUGUUACAACGACGGCAUUAUUAAUUUGCUAGAGAAAUAUUUUGAUAUGAAUAAGAAGCAGUGUCGCGAGGCUCUGGACCUGUACAAAAAGUUUCUCAUACGAAUGGAUCGGGUGGGUGAAUUCUUGAAAGUUGCCGAACAAUAGAACGAAUGUAAAGUCGGGAGUGUCCGCCCUGUCUUCCACCAGUACUGCGUUUGGAACAGCAGCCAGUAAUAACCGCCUCGACCACGCCGGGAAUGGACACAUCGACGAAGCACUGCGGCAGCAAGCCCUCGCGGAAGAGGAGGCUGCUAUGAAUCAGUACAAGGUACCAGAAGGUUGUCCGGUUCGAGGACCACUGGCGAAGGUGCAAUCACCGUCGAGCGGACCAAGUACGAAUCCAUUCCUCAGUUCGCCGACGAACAACGCCAAUCAGCCGAUAGUUGAUCUGUUCAGCGCGCCAUCAACGACAACGACCGCCGAGAGUCAACCGCAAAAAGCGUCGGACGACCUGCUCCAAUUAGCGGGCAACCCUUUUGCGGACAUGUUCGGAGCGCCGCAGCCUGCAGCUGCACCGACCACGCAAACGCAGAACAAUAUGUGGAUGACUAACGGUAACGGUAAAUACGAGUAUUUUAUUUUAUGUUCUUUACUUAUUUGUUUAGUAAUUUAUCUUUCCUUCGCUGAGCUUCGUUUCGGGCUCUACUGCAACUUCCAGGAGCACAGGAUCAUUGUUUUAAAAUAA